AUGCUACCAGAUGUAUUAAAAGCCAUAAUUGAAGUACUCAAGGAUUAUAUUAAGUUACCAACAAACGAGGAGCAAUGGAAAGCGAUUGAUUUUGACAAGCGAUGGAACUUUCCACAUUGUAUUGGCGCCAUGGAUGGAAAACAUGUGGUCAUCCAAAGACCAGAAAAUACAGUGGGCGAAUUUCAUAACUACAAAGGAACACAUAGCAUAGUAUUGUUUGCAAUUGUAGAUGCAAACUAUCGUUUUACAUAUGUUAAUGUUGGUUGUCAGGGUCGUAUUUCGGACGGUGGUGUUUUCAAAUCCACUUCAUUUUAUAAGCAAAUUGAAAAACACGAAUUUAAUUUACCAAAUAGUGAACCACUACGUGGUAGAACCAUGUCAGUACCUUACGUAUUAGUUGCUGAUGAUGCAUUUGCACUAAGUACCUAUACUCUGAAACCAUAUUCAACCGAUUUAAAUGUGGGAUCACCAAAAAGAGUGUAUAAUUAUAGGUUAUCAAGGGCAAGACGUAUCGUUGUAAAUGCGUUUGGGCUUCUCGCAUCUGUAUUCAGAAUAUUCCGUAAGCCCAUUGAAUUAAAAGCCGACAGUACUGUAAUUGAUGUUGUUUUGAGUUGUGUUUACAUACACAAUUUUCUACGAAUGCAGACAGAUUCUACACGGGAUUACUGCCCUCCAGGUUGUUUUGGUAAUGAGGAUGUAAGCACUGGAGAAAUCAUUCCCGGGUCAUGGAGAGUAAUAACUGCCAAUGACAGCGGUUAUAGGCCACUUCAAAGAAUUCCUCCUUUCAACUUUGAAGCUACUGAUUACAUAGAUCUUAUCGACUGGCAAACAUGCCAUAUCACCGAGCCACCGCUCACUGUUAAGCUUACUUUAGACAAGUUCAAAGAAGUGGUCGAUAAUAACGGUUUAGAUUGUGAUGACGAGAUAAGACUAUUUCCAUGUCACAUUCAAGCAGAAGCAGUGUCCUCUUUCAAAAAUUAG